AUGCACGCCAAAUGGCUCUCCGGACUAUUGCUUUUGGGUCUUGCCCAAGCAGACGAUAAUUCCCAAGCCUCCCAAGAAGCUGCCACCAUAAACCUGCAAUCGGCCGCAGAGGACCCGUACGCGACCAAUCAAGCACCACCUAUUGGAGAAAAGCUCAGUCGGCGGCAAUGGACGGUCACUUGUGACAGCACCGAGACGGACGAGUGUACGAAGAUGCUCGAUGACGAUUUCAACACUUUCUGGCAGUCAGGAGAUGAUGGAAGCUCUCAUGAAGUCGUCGUGGACCUCAGCCGAGCAGAGAAUAUUCAAGCUCUCUCCGUGGUCUCGCGCCGAGAUACCGACACCACUGGCCAGAUUUUCAUUCACAAGAUCUAUGUGAGCAAUGACAAGGAGAACUGGGGCGAUCCAGUUGCGUUAGGAACCUGGUACAAUACUACCGACCAGAAGCUGGCUAUGUUCGAGCCCAAGGAGGGCCAAUACCUUCGCCUGCUCUCUCUCGAUGGCACUGCGGCUAGUAUCUCCGAGUUGCAGAUCUAUGACAGCAAUACCCCCAAGAAAGUGCCUAACGGUGGUGUUUGGGGCCCUACCAUUGAUCUACCUCUGGUGGCUGUCUCGGGCGCAAUUCUUCCUGGCACCGGUCAGGUUCUUGUUUGGUCUUCAUGGUCCAGGGAUGAUUAUCUCCAUUCUAAGAGCGAGACCCUCACAGCAAUUUGGGACCCAGUCACUGGAAACGUCACUCAGCGAACAGUUCAGGAGACUGGCCACGAUAUGUUCUGCGCUGGCAUCUCCUACGACGGCAAGAGUGAAUUGCUUGUGACUGGCGGUAAUAACGAUCAACAAACGAGUCUGUUGGACCCAAAGACCGACACUUGGCUCCCAGGCAACGCGAUGAGGCUUGGUCGUGGCUACCAGGCUUCCGCAACUAAUUCUGAAGGUCGGGUGUUCAUUAUCGGCGGCUCAUGGAAUGGCGGUACGAACAAUGACAAGGAUGGCGAAAUCUACGAUCCGGCCACCGAAGACUUCUCGGCCUUGCCAGGAGCUCUUGUGAAGCCUAUGUGGACUGAUGAUGAUGCUGGUGGCUAUCGUCGUGACAGUCAUGGCUGGAUCUUUGGGUGGAAGAACGGCACUGUUUUCCAAGCCGGACCUAGUAAGGCUAUGAACUGGUACUACACGAGUGGCCAGGGUGACCAAAAGCCUGCAGGAACUCGCGGUGAUGCCAAUGAUGCCAUGUCCGGUAAUGCGGUGAUGUUUGACGCAGUGAAUGGAAAGAUCAUCACCUUCGGUGGCUCUCCUUCCUACGUCAACACUUAUGCCACGAAAGACGCUCAUCUGAUCGAGAUCGGCGAGCCUGGAACUGAUCCCAAGGUCAGCUCAGCCAAGAACCCCUCUGGUGAUGGUAUGGCCUUUGCCCGAGUAUUCCACACCUCGGUCGUUCUCCCUGAUGGCAAUGUUUUUACUACAGGUGGACAGACCUUUGGUGUUCCCUUCAAUGACAGCAACGCAAUAUUCACCCCCGAGUUGUACGACCCUGUAACCAAUGAGUUCCACCAGGGACAGACCAACAGCAUCGUCCGUGUGUACCACAGCAUUUCUCUUCUUCUCAAGGAUGGACGAGUCUUCAACGGUGGCGGCGGACUCGGCGUCUCUCAGCCCACCAACCAUUUUGACGCCCAGAUUUACACUCCAGAUUACCUGCUGAACGAUGACGGCACACUCGCCGACCGACCUAUCAUCGAUAGUGUCGCUGAGAAAACUCUUCAGCCUGGUGACAUAUUGAGCAUCAAAUCUAGUGCCAAGGUCAGCAAGGCAUCCUUGAUCCGCUACGGUGCCACUACCCACACUGUGAACACUGAUCAGCGUCGUGUUGUUUUGGAUUCGUGGACUGCGAAUGGAGACUCUUACGAGGCGACCCUUCCUGCUGAUGCAGGCGCUCUUAUUCCAGGUCCUUGGAUGCUAUUCAUUCUCAAUGAUGAUGGUGUUCCCAGCAUUGCUGAGACUAUCUAUAUCCAGGUCUAA